CUUCAUGAAGGGCAUCCCAGCUUGUGUAAACAGUUGGGUGCAGGAUUAACUUUUUGCCACAAAUAUUUAUUAUCCAUCACCAAGCUAACAGUCUCUACAACGACACACACGCACGCUUGUCAGUUUCUUCUUCGGUCCUGAGGUGAUGGAAGGACGGUGUGCUGUAGAGACUUGGGCAGAGUUUCGCUCCUCAGGAUCAACAUGUCCACAGAGGCUGGUAUAUACUCAUGGGACAGAUGUGUUUCUCUGCACUGGCGAUGAUGAGGUUUAUGUAUUUUGUUCUGAAAGGAGGAAAGUCACUGUAAGUAACUUUUGAGAAUGUCUACAUUUUUCAGUCAUUACAGUUUCACCUCAGAUUUUCAGUCCCAAAGACAACUUCUGAACUUCAUAUGUUUGACUGAGUUUCUGUUUUGUUUUUCAGACUGUCCUAAAGUUCCCUGGACCCCUGAAUGACCUGUAUGGGACUAAUGAAAAGACACCCCUUUAUGCAGCCUGCAGUAAUGGAGUUUACUGUGUCUGUUUACAGUCGCUCUUAUCCAGGUAUGCACUUCUCUACACUCUGUGCAUUUAACUACAUUCACAGUUGAAUUAUGUCAUGAGGUAGUCCACAAAUAAGCAUCUGUUUUCAUAAAAUCUGUGGAUUUAUUCAUGUACGUACCUUUAACAUGCUCCUUAUACUCCCUGCAGACCUCAGAACCUCUCAGCUGAUGCAUCCACUUCUCCCGCAGAGCUUCAGAUUUCCUCAGAGUCUCUAGUUGUUCCAGUAGAAGGAGUCUUAUCCCUGCUCCCAAUUGGCUCACUACUUGUGACUUUGUCACUGAGAGACACAUUCUGGACUUUAACUUUAUACAGUUCUUCCAAGCAAUCAGAACCCUUUCAGGUGCUUGGUUCAUUCAGCCUUCCAGUGGUCUCUGGUGUUUCACACCAUGAAACAGAGGGAAAAACACGGAUGAAAAGGAGGCCUAUGCUGAUCUAUGUCUGUUCUGGUGAUUCCACACCGCUGUCUUCCUCCCCCACUUCAUUAGAUGCUAAUGGUCACAUCAGUCAUUUCUCCCUGGAGCCUGUCCUCUUCAAACUCCUAUUUGGUGUUGAUGCUGCUCUUGCCAAAUCACCUGUUAUCCUCUGUGGACUGCCAGAUGGACGGUUGUGUUUCCUUCCUCUUCGUCCCUUAGGAUCAGGUCUCAGAGUCCUGCACAGCCUAGAGCAGUCUGUGAUAUUCAUCGGAGCUUCUUCCUUUUUGGAGACUUCAGGACAUGCACAGUGUUUGGUUGCACUGGGUGAACAAGGAAGAGUGGUGCAGAUUAAAGUGAACAAAGCGGGACCAGAAGGAGGGAGGAACACGGCUGGUUUUACAGAAGGGUGUGUGCCAGGUCCCGUGAUGUGCAGUUGUAUAGAUAAAAACUAUCUCUACUACAGCACUGGAUCAGACCUGCUGGUUCUGGAUCUGUCAGAGGGAUCAAAUGGGAGGAAAAAGGAUGAGGAAACUUGCAAUAAGAUGGUCGCUGCACUUCAAAACCCAUCCAGUUUGAAUGUCUGCAGAGUUAACACCUUGGUUGAACUGAAAAACACUACUGGUGAGCAGACUAAGCCAGGACAUGAAAAUAUAAUUUCAAGAUGUCAUUUAUUAAUUCAUUGUCAUGCGAUUUUGUCAGUCUUAAUGUGAGGUGUUCAGAGCGUGCACAACACAAAAGAUGAAACAUGCCAGAUUUAAAACUUGAGCUCACAACUUUAAGCCAAUCACCAGAACAAGCGGGACAUGAACUACUGAGCCAGUUUGAUUUGGAGUAUGAUUUGAUGGUAUGCUGCCAGUUGGAGAUUUUUUGUCUACCAUAAAAAGACAUAAUAACAAGAAAACAGUGUAAGAUAAAGCAGGUUAGACAGAAGACAUAAUGAAUUUUAGUUUAGUGUUAUGUUGUAGUUUAUAGCCGUAUCUGUUACUUUAACCCCCACAUCUGUUUUGUGUCCUUGUUCAGCAGGCGAAGUUCAGCUCUUAUCUUUGUCUGUGGGAGGGCAGCUUCAGAGGAUUACUGUACCUGUGAGGAAAGAUGAUGGAACGUUGUCCAAUGUGCCCUCCACACAAGUGGGCAAGGGCAUCAGGGACCUCCUGUCUGCAAUUGGGGAUGUUUGUGAAAGGUACAUAUGCACAGUCUGGGUUAGACAGUGUGUAGUGGCUCUUGAUGCUCCAAGACCAGAUGCUCCAGUCCACUCCUUGUAAGCUCUCCCAAGUUCCCAAUUUAGUCUCUUGGUAAUCAUGCGGUUGGGUCAUCCCUGUUUCUUGAGCCUCUUUUCCCACCACAUUUUUUUAACUUUCUAUCAGUACAAUAUUUUGCAAAAAGCCAGUCUUUGCAGCAGCGCCCUGUGGUUCAGCCUCCUAGUCGAGUGUGUGAUUACAGUCUUCUGGCCACUUAUAAGUCGGCGGUCUUUUCCAUGAUUGUGUAUGUUAUUAUCUCGACUGAAAGAUACAUAGUAUUCGUAGUGUUUGAACAGAGAUUUACUCAAAUCUGAAAUGAAGUGUUUUAACAUUUUGAGAUGUUUUAGCUUUAGACCAUAGUUUUCAAAACUGAAAAAGAUAACAAAGGACUAGAUAAAUUAGACUUUGUUGACCCUUUUGGGAAGGGGAAAAAAGUAGUGUUUUUUGAGAGAUGUUUUUUUUUAAUUUACCAUGGGAAAAAUAUUUAAAAAAAACACACAGAAAAAGAGAAAAGGCAAUAAAAGCACACUAUAAAAAAGGUGACAGGAAAGUGAAAAAAUACGUUCAAAGGUUUUAAGCACUGAGUACUAGGGGUAGGAGAAACAAUCGAUACAGCAUAGUAUCGCGAUAAUUUGUCUGGUGAUGUAUCGUAUCAUCUUAUUUACCAAGUAUUGAUUUUCAAAUUAAUUGUUAACAUGAAGUCAAAUCUAUGAUAAUGGAAAAAUAAAAUCGACUGUUUGUCCAGUGAGGUUAGCAGAGGUGACAUCAUAGAGCAGGAGAAAGUUAGUACAACAAAUAUAUAAAAGGUUUGCAAGAUGUGCUUCAUGAAAAUAAAAUACUGUGUAAAUAAGACAAACAUAAAGAAAAGACAAAUGCUAAAUUAGCUAAACAGUUGAAAUAAAUUAUAUAAAUCGCAAUAUAUUGUGUCACAAUACUCACUGUAUUGCAAAGUGUUAAAAAUCACAAUAAUAUUGUAUCGUUUCCCAAGUAUCGUGAUAAUAUCGUAUCGUGGGGCCACUGGUGAUUCCCACCCCUACUAAGUACUUUAGAGCUACUGGAGAGGCAGCCGUCUCCCACAGCACCUUAGCAUCAAGAAAGAUUCAUGAAAAAUCUUUAGUUCACAUGUAAAGAGUCCUUAUUGUAUAUUCAGCAAGAUUCAAUACCUGAACUACUUUCCCUAAACAUCUGUCUCAUUUGAGCUGCACCUUUUCCUCUUUGAUUGAUACCAUAACACAAAGCUGAAGUAAAACAUCAAAGACAUGCAACAGCAAUAUGAAGAAAACCAGAGUUGUUUAAUGAAAAAUAAUGCAAUGAAACUGCAGCAUUCAAUAGACAAGCUAAUAAUUCAUUUUUGGUUCCCUUUUCUCUUCAGGGCAUCAGAUCUAAAGUCUGCCAUCAAAUCCAAAAACCAAAUCCUGAUGCACCUGAAUCAGGUCCUCAACAUCAGCUUCCUGCUCACUGCUAACAGUGACAAGCACCUUCUUGUGCAGGAGAAGCUCUUCAGAUGUCAUGCUAUGACCAGCUGGAGCAGACUCCUCCAAAAAGACUUCUUGAACUUGACAUGUGUCCUAGAUAACUCCAGUCCUUAUGUUUUGGAGCAAGGCUGGACUCUGAGCAUCACUGUUUCCCCUCUGGCCCAUUCACCCAGCGCAGGAAGGGAGAGAUCCUCCACAAACUUCUCUUUCCCUUUCCAGAAUCUUCUUCCAGGGGAAACAUUAGAAGUAUCUCUGCCUCUUACGGCUGCUGCAGACACAUCCUUCCCCAUCACAGUGAGCUGCUCUAUCAUCUUCUCACUCUCCAGUCUGCUGGAAGAGGAGGCUGCAAAGCUGCAUGGACUACAGAGCAGAUGCAUCAGUCUGCCCCUGAACACACUGACAGUGGAUUGGCUGCAAGCCCUACAGGUCGACUGUUCAAAGCCUACAUCUCAAUUUGACAACACAAACAAUGCCAUUCAGGCUUUUAUAGACUCACGUCGGAUAAGGUGUAGCAGAAGAGGGGAGGUGGGAGGUGAGAGUACCCCAAAGUCUGAGCCAGAGAAGUAUUCAGCUACUGUUAGGGUGUCGUCAGAGUUACUAAAGGAAACACUCCUGUUAAAAAACUGUGACUCAGACCCUCAUCCAAAUGUGUGCCUCUCUCUGCUGGACUGGCUGUUAUCUGAGCAGCAUGAAGGAGUGAAGAGAGGACAACAAGGAGACAAGACUGCAGUCAGCAACUCAGUGAUUUACGCUCGAGGUCCAAACGGUCACACAAUCAAACUGACUGCAACAGAGGUAAAGACUGAGCUAACAUUAAAAUAACUGAAUGUUAUAAACUAUAAUAUUUUAAAAUAAAAAAAAAAUAAAGAUAAAAUUCACAUUUUCAACUAAUUAGAAACAUAACAAAUUCAGUUUGAAAGUAAAAUUAUGAUUAUUAUUUUUUAUAUAAAAGAGCAUAUUUAUUUAAGGAAUAGUUUGGUAUUAUACAAGUGAAUUGUAUGAUGAACUAUUUCAAAGCUCCUAUCAGGAGUUUUUCUGCUUAUGGAAUAAUACAAAAAUACAAAGGUUUUCUCUGGUUUGUAUUUGAUUUUGUGUUAUUUUUGUAAAGUAAAUAUAUUUGUUAUCUUGUCCUCCAGGGAAAUCUAAAGGUGGAGAAUACAGGAAAGGAGGAGUCUUUGACCACAGUGGAGGUUCAGAUAGAGAGCUCCUCUCUUGCAGCAGUGUGUGGGCUUCAUCAUGCUGUGCUGCACCGGGUGCAGGUACAAACACUCACACACCAACUUAUUCUGAAUUAUCAAGGAAACUUUAUAAAUCAGAAGUGCUGAAUACAGGAUUAUAGAGGUUUUAAGAUGAUUCAUUCUGGACAAUAUAGGUUUCAUAGACUGGAUUCUGCUUUUAGGCUUUUAGCGAAUCCCAUGUAAGGGUUUCAUUAUCAAAUGCUCUAAGAUGAAUGUUCUGCUCUGUUUUAGACUCUGUUACUGACAGCUCCUGAUAGAGCAGCUUCCACAAAGAGUGUCCAGAGUUUAGCUUUAAGACGGACACUUCAACAGGCUGAGGUAAGAACUACAUUUACACCAACACUGCUUAGCUGUAGACAAAACCGGACCCUCUAUGUCUUUGCUGAUCUUGUUUUGGGUUGCCGUUCCUGUUGUCUCUUUUAGGUCCCAAAGACCUCACCAGAUUACCACCAAGAAAAGUUGGGAUGUCAUUACAGUUAAUUGUACUUUGCUUGGUUUUGCUCCCCACAGGAACUGAAUUUUCCUGCUCAUACAUGUCUGGUCAGUAGUAGGGGUGUCCCAAUAUGAUAUUGAUAUUGGAUAUUGGUCUGAUAUCGGCAAAAAAACAAAUAUCGGAUUAAAUUGGGCUGCAAGAAAGAAAAAAAAAAACCCAUGGAGGAUCAAUAAAGGAAUAUUCUAUUCUAUUCUAUUCUAUCUUAAAUCUCCGAUAUCAGCACUCCGAUACAAGCAGUUCAUUCCAGACUCCGCUUUAGCACCUCUAUCUAGCAGCACCCUGAUCCAGCAUGCUGAGCCCACAAAAACACAACAACAAUGUGUACUAAGGUACUAACAAAGCAGCAUGGAGUAAGAGUGACAUUGGCCAUGUGGCAGCAUUUUUUUGUUUAAGUCCGAAAAAGACGUUGCAGCUGAGUGAAAAAUACACAAUUUUGUACCAAUACCGGAUCAAUAUCGGUGUCUGUCAAUAUUGAAGGCUGCAAUAUCCGUAUUGUAUUGGAAGUCAAAAAGUUUUAUCCUGACACUCCUAGUCAGUAAUACUCAGACUGUAAUAGUACCACAAACAGAAACAAAAUCCAGACCCCUGAGUUCAGUUGAGGUCCUCUAUGCUGGGUUCCACACUAAUGUUGUAGCUUUUGCCUCUUCUGGUUACUUAUUAAUUGAAAAUUAAUUCUUUCGAGCUGUAUUUUAGUAUUCUUACUCAGUAGAUUUGAGUAAGUUAUUCAGAUUCAGCCUAAGCAGCCUAAAUACAAGACAGAUAAGUAUUAAAAUAAAAAAUGAAUUCAUCAGAACAGCUUCAGUAUCAUAAAUAUUUCCUUCCUUAAUGUCAAAUUUCCUUCCUCUUCUCCCCUUUCUCAUGUGCAGCACCUGUUGCAGCAGAUCCAGCAGCAUCGAAUCUCAGAAGGCUUCAGUGUAGGAGUGUCCAGAGGACAGAUGACCGGUCCUCUCCUCAGAGUUUACAGAGAACUCAGAGAAAAUCCUCUCCUCAUUGUUUAAGCUUUCACCCAGCCUGCCUACACAGCUGCCUCUGACCUUGUUCUGUGUUGUGUAAGCUGUGUUUGAGGCAGUUUGAAACAUAUUGUCUGUGAUAUAAAUUGCGAUUAUAAAUGUACCUCACUGUAAGCAUUGCAUGUUCUACCAAAAGCAGCUUUAUUGCAUGGCUGUAGUAGGAAAAUGUUAAAUCACACAAUAAAAUCCAGAGUUAGUUUAUUCAUUUGAACUUGUUGCUCUCAUCUGACUUAAUUCCCAUCAGCUAUUUUUUCAUCGCACUUGCUUGACAUCUCUAAAAAGAAACAAUCAGUGACUUUCCCCCUUCGUCUUUGCUUUAACUACACUGUACAGACUAUGACACAGAACGCACGUCAACUGAAGCGCUCAGGUGGAGGAAGAAGACACACAAUUACACUCUGAAUAGGAGAGCAGUGAGCUACAGCUGGGGGAAGGUCGUGCAGUCAUCAUCUCAGAUGUGUUUAGUGACAUGGGACCAGAUGUGCUUUACAAAAGAUGCCAGACAAAACACAAGAAACACAUUUUCAGACAGUGGGUUAAAAAGACAGAAGAGGGACUAUGUAUGAAGUCUUUAUCAGAGGCAGAACAAACAAGAUAUAGAUGAG